AUGCACCUCUCCAGCAUCUUCCUCGGCCUCGCCGGCCUGCUGGCAUCGGCCAGCGCCAUCCCCAACAACAACACUGUUUACAAGCACUUUGACUGCGGCGUUGACCUCAGUCAUGCCAGCGAUCACUUCAACAAGACUGUGCGCCAGAUGCACCAGGGUGUCUUCAAGGCACACAGUGGCACACAGAUUGCUGGUCACGCCGUCCGCGCCGCCGCUGCUGGCCCCGUCACUGUCAACGUCGCUUUCCACAUUGUCACCACCGCCGCAAAGGCAGGCACCAUCACCCAGAAGAUGGCUGAUGCCCAACUCGCUACAAUGAACAGAGCCUACAAGGCCAGCGGCGUUCAGUUCAACCGCAUCGCCACCACCUUCACUGUCAACGAUGCCUGGGCUGUCGGCGCAGGUAAUGAUGCUACUGCCAUGAAGACUGCUCUGCGCAACGGCACCUACUCCACUCACAAUAUCUACUUCAUGACAGACCUCACUGGCAGUAUCCUCGGCACGUGUAGUCUGCCUUCAGACAUUGGCCCCGGCACCCCUGACCCCAGCACUUACGUUACCGACGGCUGCAUGAUCCAGGCCAACACCAUGCCCGGCGGCAACAUCUACGGCUUCAACUUGGGCAUGACCGCCGUCCACGAGACCGGUCAUUGGAUGGGUUUGCUGCACACCUUUGAAGGCUACAGUUGCACUGGCAACGGCGACUUCAUCGCCGACACUCCUAUGCAGAGCACCAGCACUGAUGGAUGCCCUUCAAAGCCCCCUAAGGACAGCUGCCCCACUGUCGCUGGCAUCGAUGCCAUUCACAACUACAUGGACUACUCGGACGAUUCUUGCUACACCGGCUUCACCGCUGACCAGAAUAAGAGAAUGUCCAACAUGUGGUCCACCUACAGACUGGGUCGCUAA